AUGGCCCGUCCUCCUCAACUUGAUAAUCUUCUCAACAUGGACAGUUGGCUGUACGAUUGUCAGCAUGAAAUUUGCCGGCGGUAUGGGGUUUUUCUGGAGUUCCAGAAGAGAAUUGAGGAGUGCGGAGGAAUUGAGCGUUUCACCCAGGGCUACAAGGAGUUUGGUCUGCUGGUACAGCCGGACAAUUCCGUUCUUUGCCAAGAAUGGGCACCUGGAGCCGAUCAGCUGGCUCUGAUCGGCGAUUUCAACGGAUGGAACCGUGAAACGCACAAGUAUAACCGCGAAGAGUACGGUAAAUGGCGACUCAUCGUUCCUCCAAAUCCUGAUGGAUCGUGUGCAAUCCCCCAUGGUUCGAUCGUCAAAAUUGCUGUCACAAAAAAUGGCCAUACGGUGGACAAACUCAGUCCAUGGGCGGCUUAUGUAACCCGACCGAAGGAGACUACAGUUUAUCACCAGCAGUUCUACAAUCCUCCAAACAAGUACAAGUUCAUACAUCCACGUCCAAAGCGGCCGGAAUCGUUGCGCAUCUAUGAAGCCCACGUCGGUAUCAGCAGCUGGGAGGGGAAAGUGAACACUUAUCGAGCAUUUGCCGACGAUGUCCUUCCACGAAUCGUCAGGCAAGGUUACAACACCAUUCAAUUGAUGGCUGUGAUGGAGCACGUUUACUAUGCAUCCUUUGGUUAUCAGGUCACGAGCUUCUUCGCCCCAGCCAGCCGCUGUGGGCCGCCUGACGAUGUCAAAUACCUGGUUGAUAAGGCACAUUCAAUGAAUCUUACAAUGCUUCUUGAUGUGGUUCAUUCUCACGCAUCGAAGAACGUGGCUGAUGGCCUAAAUCAGUGGGACGGUGACGACUUUGCUGGUGGAUAUCCGAUGUAUUUCGGUUUGAAUGCAGAUACAGAGUCUCUAGUCUAUCUGAUGCUUGCGAAUGACUUCCUUCAUAAGAAGUAUCCAGAAAUAGUCACCGUUGCCGAGGAAGUCUCCGGAAUGCCAGCCCUUUGCCGCCCCGUGGCAGAAGGUGGGCAAGGAUUCGAUUACCGACUAGCGAUGGCACUGCCCGAUAUGUGGAUUAAAAUUCUGAAGCAUAUGAAGGACGAAGAUUGGCGUGUUGGAGAUAUCUGCGCCACACUUGAAAAUCGACGGUAUGGUGAGAAGAACAUCGCCUACGCCGAAUCUCAUGAUCAGGCACUUGUGGGAGACAAGACGAUCGCGUUUUGGCUUAUGGACAAAGAAAUGUACGACUUCAUGUCCGUCACAACUCCCUUGACUCCGAUUAUCGAACGUGGCAUUGCAUUGCAUAAGAUGAUUCGUCUUGUGACAAUGGCACUUGGAGGAGAGGCCUGGCUGAACUUCAUAGGGAAUGAGUUUGGCCAUCCAGAAUGGCUGGAUUUCCCACGUUACGGUAACGGCGAGUCCUUCCAUUACGCUAGGAGACAGUUCAAUUUAGUAGAUGAUGACAUGUUGAGAUAUAAGUGGUUGAAUGAAUGGGAUCGAGAGAUGAAUGCACUCGAGGAGGCCACAGGCUUUCUUCAUGCAUGGCCAGUAAGUACUUGUUUUCAACCAUUCCCCUGUUUCUCCUUUCGAAGUAGGAUUCACAAACUGUAUUUAAUCAAUGUCCAGGCAUAUGUAUCAUGCAAACACGAUGACGACAAAAUGAUCUGCUUCGAGCGGGCCAAUGUGCUGUUCAUUUUCAACUUCCAUCCAUCGAAAAGUUUUACCGAUUAUAGGCUUGGCGUGGAAGUUCCUGGAAUUUACAAAAUGGUCCUGAACAGUGACGAAGAGCGAUUCGGCGGGCAUAACCGUCUACUCCUUGGCUGCGAACACCACACUUUCCCCGAAGGCUACCAAGGCCGCCGAAAUCAUUUAUGUGUCUAUGCACCUGCACGAACUUGCAUCGUGCUAAGGCUCCAAGCUUCCAAUUCAGACAUGGCUCGUCCUCCUCAACUUGAUAAUCUUCUCAAGUUAGACGGUUGGCUGGGCGAUUUUCAGCAUGAAAUUUGCCGGCGGUAUGGGGUUUUUCUGGAGUACCAGAAGAAGAUUGAGGAGUGCGGAGGAAUUGAGCGUUUCACCCAGGGCUACAAAGAGUUUGGUCUACUGGUACAGCCGGACAACUCAGUUCUCUGCCACGAAUGGGCACCUGGAGCCGAUCAACUGGCUCUGAUCGGCGAUUUCAAGCACGGUAAAUGGCGUCUAAUCGUUCCACCGAAUCCUGAUGGUUCGUGCGCAAUCCCACAUGGUUCAAUCGUCAAAAUUGCCGUCACAAAAAAUGGCCAUACGGUGGACAAACUCAGUCCAUGGGCCGCUUAUGUGACCCGGCCCAAGGAUACUGUAGUUUAUCACCAGCAGUUCUACAAUCCUCCCAACAAGUACAAGUUCAUACAUCCACGACCAAAACGGCCGGAAUCGCUGCGCAUCUAUGAGGCCCAUGUAGGUAUCAGCAGCCCUGAGGGGAAAGUGAACAGUUAUCGAGCAUUUGCCGACGACGUCCUUCCACGGAUUGUCAGGCAAGGUUACAACACCAUUCAAUUGAUGGCUGUGAUGGAGCACGUUUACUAUGCAUCCUUUGGUUAUCAGGUCACCAGCUUCUUCGCCCCAGCCAGCCGCUGUGGGCCGCCUGACGAUGUCAAAUACCUGGUCGAUAAGGCACAUUCAAUGAAUCUUACAAUGCUUCUUGAUGUGGUUCAUUCUCACGCAUCAAAGAACGUGGCUGAUGGCCUCAAUCAGUGGGACGGUACGGAUAGCUGUUACUUCCACAGUGGUCCCCGAGGAACACAUACACUUUGGGAUUCGAGAUUGUUCGAUUACACUCAGAUUGAAACCCUGCGUUUCCUGAUGUCCAAUCUCCGCUGGUGGGUAGAAGAAUACGGUUUCGAUGGCUUCCGUUUCGACGGAGUCACCUCGAUGAUCUACCACUCGCAUGGAAUGAAUGACGAUUUUGCUGGUGGAUACCCGAUGUAUUUCGGUUUGAAUGCAGAUACAGAUUCUCUAGUUUAUCUAAUGCUUUCGAAUGACUUCCUGCACAAGAAGUAUCCAGAAAUAAUCACCGUCGCCGAGGAAGUCUCCGGAAUGCCAGCCCUUUGCCGCCCCGUUGCUGAGGGUGGGCAAGGUUUCGAUUACCGGUUAGCGAUGGCGCUGCCCGAUAUGUGGAUCAAAAUUCUGAAGCAUAUGAAGGACGAAGACUGGCGUAUUGGAGACAUCGUGUUCACUCUCGAAAAUCGACGAUAUGGUGAGAAGAAUAUCGCUUAUGCAGAAUCUCACGAUCAGGCACUUGUUGGAGACAAGACGAUCGCGUUUUGGCUAAUGGACAAAGAAAUGUACGACUUCAUGUCCACAAUAACGCCUUUAACUCCGAUAAUCGAACGUGGCAUUGCAUUGCAUAAGAUGAUUCGUCUUUUGACAAUGGCGCUUGGAGGAGAGGCUUGGCUGAACUUUAUAGGUAACGAGUUUGGCCAUCCAGAGUGGCUGGAUUUCCCACGCCAAGGUAACAACGAGUCCUUCCAUUACGCUAGGAGGCAGUUCAACUUAGCAGAUGAUGACCUCUUGAGAUAUAAGUGGUUGAAUGAAUGGGAUCGAGAGAUGAAUGCACUUGAACAGGCUACAGGUUUUCUUCGUGCGUUACCCGCAUAUGUAUCAUGCAAACACGAUGAGGACAAGAUGAUCUGCUUUGAACGGGCCAAUGUGCUGUUCAUUUUCAACUUCCAUACCUACAAAAUGGUCCUGAACAGUGACGAAGAGAGAUUCGGCGGUCAUAAUCGCUUACAGCUCGGCUCUGAACACCACACCUUCCCCGAAGGCUAUAAUGGCCGCCGGAAUCAUCUAUGUGUCUAUGCGCCAGCACGAACAUGCCUUGUGCUGAGGCUUCAAGCUUGA